GAAACAUUGAAUCUUUUUCAUAUAUGUUGAAUGAACAUUCAUACAAGUAAAAAAUAGUCAAAGAUUGAAAUUUAUCGCUGAUUCGAAAAUCGUAAGCGUGCGAGCAUUUUCCUUUCCAGAAACACCGCGUACACCAAAACCUACCAUUUUUCCGACUAUUCCAAUUUUUUUUUCUUUAUUUUUAUUUCAAUUUACAAUUCUUCAAACCAAUAAUUAUUUUCCUUUCCAUCACUUUCUUCUUCUUCUUCUUCAUCAACGUAGCAACAACGAAGCUAGGAAUAGGGGAUGCUAUUUUGUUCUUGUUCUGAGCAAUAGUUGAUCAAUCAAAUGGCCCAUUCUUUCGGUCAAGCCGAGAUUAAUUGGGACAAGCUAGAUAAAACUAAGUUUUAUGUGGUAGGAGCUGGACUCUUUACCGGUGUUACGGUAGCACUUUAUCCGGUUUCAGUUGUGAAAACUAGGCUGCAGGUUGCAACUAAGGGGGCUGUGGAGAAAAAUGCCUAUUCUGUUGCAAAAGGAUUACUUAAAACAGAUGGCAUCCCUGGUCUGUAUAAAGGGUUUGGUACGGUUAUCACUGGUGCAAUACCGGCCAGAAUCAUAUUCAUGUCGGUUCUUGAGACCACAAAGGUGUAUGCCUUUAAAAUGGUGAAACCAUUUGGACUAUCUGAAACUACUCAGGCUGCCGUAGCAAAUGGAUUUGCAGGCAUGACAUCGUCACUUUUUGCUCAAUCUGUGUUUGUACCAAUUGAUGUGGUUAGCCAAAAGUUGAUGGUGCAAGGAUACUCAGGCCAUGCCCAAUAUAGUGGGGGUCUGGAUGUUGCCCGUAAGAUUAUAAGGUCUGAUGGCAUUAAGGGAUUGUAUCGAGGGUUUGGUCUUUCUGUUGUUACUUAUGCACCUUCUAGCGCAGUUUGGUGGGCAAGUUAUGGUUCAAGCCAACGGUUCAUUUGGAGAUUCUUGGACCAAGGUGCCAAACAUGAUGAAGGCACUCCCAGUGUGCUGAAGAUCAUGUUAGUUCAGGCUGCAGGAGGGGUUAUUGCCGGUGCAACUGCAUCCUGCAUUACAACCCCAUUUGAUACUAUCAAGACACGGUUACAGGUGAUGGGACAUGAAAAUAAAAGCUCUAUAAAACAAGUUACUAAAGCUUUAAUCAAAGAAGAUGGUUGGAAAGGCCUAUAUAGAGGGUUUGGUCCAAGAUUUUUUAGCAUGUCAGCAUGGGGCACAUCAAUGAUAUUGACUUAUGAAUAUCUGAAACGAUUAUGCGCAAUAGAGGAAUAGAUUCAAUUGGUCUGCAAGUUCUUCCAUUGAUUAAGCCAAUAUUUUGAUGGUAAUGUUGUUGUCGAAGUACACAGUAACUUUAACCCUACACCUUCAACACAGGAGUUGUUUUUCGUCAUUUUUUUCAUCUCAACUUUAGGGUUAAACUUUAAGCAGCAAAGCUCUACUUCCAGAUUUUUCUUAAAAUAAUUGCUGAAUAUACUAGGAAAUUAAUAGUUCCAUUCUUUAUGAUUAAAUUGGAUUGCUGUAACAUUUUUUUAGCUUUUCUGUGGAUUAUAGAAAGGAAUAGGUUGCAAUUGUGAUGAGUAAAUUUGAAACUCUGAAAUCUUAUUUGUUCCAUACAAAUUGGAGAAGUUAUUGGAGAUGUUUUUGUUUAUAUACUGGGAAAGAUUUGUCAUUUCUGAAAUGGUAAUAAUUUAAAUUUAUUAUUCAAA